CAUAAUAUAUGUUUCUUAUCAGUUGUGUGCUUAUUAUGCGAGCGAUUGUAUGUGCGAUUUAAAAUAUAUUUAUUAAGAGUGGGUACGAGUAAAAAUAGUUUGAUUCUCAGUAUUUGCAUUUUUAUGUAGUGCGCAAUACUUGUAAUAUAAAGGACUUUCAUCAAUUUAGUUUUACACACACAUACAUAUUCAAGAACGCAACGUACGCACAGACCCCUGUACAGAUAUAAUAGUUAGUUUCAGUGAAAAUCACAUUAUUCCUAUGCCGAGGAAAUCAUGUCCAGUAACCUGAUGCCAGGAAAUAAAGGAACAAGUACUGAUGAAGCAAUGAGAAAGAACGCGCGACCUCUUCAUCUACCAGCCAUUGCGAAAAAUGGAGACAUAGAUAAACCAUUUCAUGAAUGGCCAACAUCUCCAGUAAAUAAAACAUCAAUGAAACCUGGAACCUUUGAAGAUGAUCAGAAGCUGCCCCCUGUAAGACCCCAACGAGGAAUCAAAGCAAGAAUAAACUACCGGAAAAGAAAAGUGUCAACAGUGACAAUAAAAGAUUAUUUUGAUAAUAACAGGAAGAAUUUAGAAAAAUAUAUUAUGGAAUUUGUGACUGUUGAAGAAUUGCAACAGUGGCUAAUUAGGAAAACCACCUGUAAUAACAUGUGCUCAAACGACGAAAAUAAUGAAGUGGGGAAUAAAGAAAAGUUUUUGAAUACUAUAAAAUCAUUUGACAAUGUUAAGGAUGAGGAGUCUGCAAUAAAGGAAAUAGCAAUUUCAGUUGGCACAGCAUUGAGUGCUGGUGCCUUUGGAGUAUACAAACUGUUUCCCGAUGACCCGGCUGUCUUUCAAUACUAUGUGAUUGAUAAUCAGAAUACAUUGCUCCAGACAGAGGCAGAAUAUACAGAGAACGUCCUGGAAGUGGCUAAGACUGGUGCAAUCCUUCGGUUAUCCACAGACAUUGAUCGCUCAUCAACAAAUACGAAGCUGAAGCACGUAAUGUAUCAACCGAUCUUAAACGAAUCUGGACAGACUACUUACAUUGUAGAACUGUGGAGAUCCGACUCUUUUGACGAAGCAGAAGAGAAAUUAUGCUCAAACUUUAUUACUUGGAACAGUCUAGCACUGCACUAUUGUAAUUUGUACUGGGCAAAGAACCAAGAAUAUGAUAUGUACGGAUUUUUACUAGAGUCUGUGAAAUCUAUAUUUGAAGACAUCGAAUCCCUAGAUCAUGUGAUGAAGAGGGUUUUAGAAUUUGUGCAAAAAUUGGUUAAGGCAGAUCGGGCGUCCCUGUUUCUUGUUGAUAAUAAAAAAUCAGAACUGGUACCACCGUUAUUUGAUAUUAAAUAUGAACCGUGUCACCUGAGAGCUAAUGGCGAAAUUCAAGAAAUAAGACUACCCCUGAAGAGAGGAAUUGCUGGCCAUGUGGCAGUGACGGGUAAAAAUCUCAACAUUGCUGAUGCCUACUCGGAUCCCAGAUUUAACAGUGAAGUCGAUGAACUAACUGGAUAUAAAACUAAAAAUAUUCUUUGCAUGCCUAUUAAGGUGCAAGGUAAUGUAAUGGGCGUUGUUCAAAUGAUAAACAAGAGGAACAAUUCUACAUUUGACCAAAAAGACGAAAUGGCAUUUGAACGUUUUUCUACGUUUUUUGGACUAGCGUUGCAGCACGCCAAACUAUAUCAUGACAUAUUAAAACAAAAACUAAAGUAUGAAGUUGCUCUGGAAGUGCUAAGCUAUCAUAACACUUGCAAAGAUCGUGAAGUUGACGAAAUCAAUAAGGAUAUCGAGACAUUUAAUAUCAAUAUGGAUAAUUUUUAUCUGGAUCCUUAUAUGUUUGAUGAGAUCCAAAAAUGCAAAGCCGCCAUAACAAUGUUUGAUGACUUAUUUGAUUUAUCAAAUUUCAAUAGAUUAUCUGUAAUAAGAUUUAUACUUACUGUGAAAAUAAACUAUAGAAACGUGCCGUAUCAUAACUUUGAUCAUGGAUGGUCUGUUGCUCAUGCGAUGUAUGUCAUGUUGAAAAAUGAUACUGAAAAUCGAUUCGAUUCCAAAAUGCGACAGGCUCUAUUUGUGGCUAGUAUAUGUCAUGACUUGGAUCAUCGAGGCUAUACUAAUAAAUAUCUUAACGAAACGGCAUCACCUUUAGCUACUAUGUAUUCCACUUCUCCUCUUGAACACCAUCACUUCAAUAUCACUGUGAAGAUCUUACAUCAGAGUGGUCACGAUAUAUUUUCUCAUAUGGCACACGAUGAAUAUCGAGACAUUUUAAAAGAUAUUGAACAUUGUAUAUUAGCAACGGAUUUAGCAGCAUUCUUCCCAAAUAUGAAGAAAAUGAAAUCAAUUUUAGAAGUAGACAAAGUUCAACUAUUUAAUUGGCAGGAUCCGAAAAAUUGCAAACUGGCAAUGGCAAUAUCAAUGACUGCUGCUGAUCUAUCCGCAUCCACAAAACCAUGGGAUAUCCAAAUAAAAACUGUACAAGUAAUAUUUGAAGAAUUUUACGAACAAGGUGAUAAGGAAAGGGCGGCUGGAAAAAUACCUGUGCCUAUGAUGGACAGAUAUAAACCUGAAGAACAAGCGACUAGUCAGGUCGGUUUCUUGGAGGAAAUAUGCGUACCGUGUUACGAAAUUCUUCGACAAAUACUUCCGAAUACAAAUCCUAUGUACGAAAUGGUUGGUAAAAACCUCGAAACUUGGAGAUCAAUCAAGACAAACAAAAAUUUAAGUAACGUAAAGGAAAACCCGGCUCUUAAUGAUGACUUACAAACCUCUGCUGCUCAGAAUGAUUUAGAACAGAAAAGUAAUGUAAUCAAUGAAAUAAAAGUACCGAAUGAUCAAUCGUAUAAUGUCACUUUAAUUGAAAAUAAAAUAAACAGUACUCUUCGCAAAAUUGACUCGUUUGAAGACCUUAGCGAUAAAAUAAAAUUUAAAGAUAAGGUUGGUAAAAUAAUAAAGUUGUUGCCUAUGGAAAGUUCCACUGAUGACGAAGGUGUAGUAACACCAACACACAGCCGACACACAACACAGAAACCAUAUUGAAUAGGUAUGAUUGUAAUCGGUAUAGCAGUAGUUGUCAUUAUGUAGUAGUAUUUAAUUAUUAUGUUCUCAAUGCCCGUGAAUGCUACUUGUUUGAGUCCUAUUUCUGCUGGUAGUAGGUAUAUCACAUUUACAGGGUGGAUUCAGUUGUUACAUUUAGAAAGUCGGCCCAUUGAAUUGGCUCACUUUGUUAACGCUUUUUCUCUAAGGGUAUAAACUAGAAACUUCAGUAUUUGUAUCUGCACAAUGGGUAAUUUCUGUAUUUUUGUAGUAAGAUCGUAAGAAAAAAAAUAUAGAUUAUAUUUUUUGAGAGAAGACCGUUGCAAGUUACCAAAGAUAACUUAAGCUAAGUUAAUAUUAUCGAUAGGUUAAGUAUUAUUUGCUAUACUUCAAUUGGUAGUGUAAAUAUACUGUCUUGACGCGACCUCGUUGAAGAACUGACAUAAAAAGAUGCUGGCAUGAAAUACUUUAAUGCCUGAUAAAAACGGGAACAAUUCAUUCAUUAUAGUUAUGUGACUUAA